UCGUGGAGAAGCUGGUCGCCCACCCGUCGGCUCCGGUCACGGCAGCCGAGCGCGUCAGGGGAGCACGCCGCGCUGAGGGCGGACUGCGAUAGUCGACGCGCGAGACUGCCUCCGUGGACUGAGCUGUUGCAUUCAAAAUUGAGCUUGCCUCUCAGAGAGCAAGCGAAUGAAGAGCCUCAACCCCCAGCAGAGCGUCAGCCUGCAGCGCGUAGAGCGAGGGCGAUGUGUGCGGUGCGCGACGUGUGCGGUGCAAGGCACGCGUGCUCGCACGGCCCAUGGAUGACUGAAGGCGUGCCGCGCCGUUCUCCCUGCGCACCUCCGGCUCCACGCAGGAGGCGCUCGCACGCGCAGGCAGCCUCGAGAGCUAUAUCAGGGCCGUCGUCGGGUCAACUCGGGUGCGGAAACAUUCGAUUGGGCGAGACAAAGUGCUUUUGCUCGGAGGGCCCCAAUGGUUCGCCUCGGCGCGCCGCAACGGCGCCCAGCCACUUGCCACGCAGCCGCGAUAUCAAGAGCGCUCGAUGUCCUGCGCCGCUUCUCUUCUCUCCACCACCACCACCGUCGUCUCCUCCUUUCCUUCUUUCUUCGGCCUUUGCCUCGUUUCCUCUCUUGCUCUUCCGACUCUCCUUCACUUCGUCAAUGACCAACACUCCUUGGCGCUCCGCCUCGCUCACCAUCGCGCGCUCCACCUUCACGACUUGCUCGUCGUCGCACGCACGGCAAUUCAUGCUUCAAGUCUCGCCGUUGGCUCACGAUGCAGCCGGUCAGACGUGAAGCACGCCAAUGAGCUGCCUCGUCUUCCAGCGCAUGCGUACGGCCUCUUCGUCCGGCCUCUUCGAUCGUCUCUUCCUUCUCUUCCCUCAAGCUCUUCCCGGCCCUUGAUUGCACUUCACCCAUGCUAGCUCAUCGGACAGCUGUGUCGUUCCGAUCUGGCCGUCCAACGUGCUCGUGUCAUGGCGUCGUCCAAUCUGCGGUCCGGCUUCAUUCUAGCUUCAACGCCUAGUGUCGUCUCCGAGCAUCAACUGCGACACUCAAGUUCGUUCGUCGGCCGUCGUCACUGCAAGAGGC